CGGGAUGUUUCCGGGACAUUUCCGGGAUGUUUCCGGGACGGUUCCGGGAUGUUUCCGGGACGUUUCCGGGACGUUUCUGGGAUGUUCCCGGGAUGUUUCCGGGACAUUUCCGGGACAUUUCCGGGGACAUUUCCGGGAUGUUCCCGGGACGUUCCGGGACGUUUCCGGACCUGUUGCCUGCCUGCCCAGCUGCCCAGCUGGCCUCGCUGGCCCAGGAGCUGCUGCCGUGCCGGGCCGAGCUGCUCCAGGGGGGGCUGGGGGGGCCCAACCGGGCCCGGAUCCUGCGGCACCUCCUGGGGGGGCAGCCCCUGCUCGUCCCCUACGACGGGGACAGCAACCACGCCCCGUGCUGCCGGCGCGGCCACCGCGCCCACUGGGCCCUGCUGAACGGGCUGCUGCUGGCCGUGCCCCCCCAGGCGCCGCUGGGCCCCGGCUUCCAGAGGGACCCCGAGGUGCCCAACGUCUUCCACGCCCGCGGAUUUGGGUCUGGGGGCUUCCGGCCCGAGCUCG